CCAUUGAAGAAGAAAGAAAAAAAUACUGCUGUAAACGCUGGAAUGCUGUGGCGAAAUGCAAUUGCGUUAAUGUUUGACGAAAUAGAGGUUUGGGGUAUUUAAAACGCCAGCAGUAAUGUGGAGGCAGAAAUCUGUCUGAUCUACGAACCAACGAUUUUCUUGAGCUGGCGACAGCAGCGCGGAAUUCAGUCCAGAAAUAAGUGAAAGCUCUGCAGAAUGAAUGAGCCAGAGGGACUGCGUUUCAGGCGACUGAACCGACCCCAGAUCAUAACAGACUCCCAAGAACCUCGAUACAAGGGCACAAGCACCUACAGCGGGAAGGUUUUUCGAGUGACGUUGAUCUCGGUGGGGGGCUUCCUUAUCCUGCCACUGCUUGUGAUCAUCCUGAUUCUGGAGUCUCCGAUCCACCCAGAGGUCUUCAGUCUGAGUGAGCCUCCUAUGCUGAUUGGCUGUUAUGAGCCCAACCUCAAGCUGCGAGAGGCCCAGCGUCUCUAUCAGGACCAGCUGGUUGGACCCGAGUCCAUCGCCAACAUCGGAGAUGUGCUGUACACAGGCACUGCUGAUGGGAAGAUCCUGAAGCUGGACGGCAGAAGUGUGAGUGUACUGGCCAGGCUGGGCCGGCCGCCCUGUGGUUCCCAUGACGACGAGCCGACCUGCGGACGACCUCUGGGCAUUCGGGUGGGACCCAAUGGCACGCUGUUCGUGGCUGACGCCUACCUGGGGCUGUUCGAGGUCAAUCCCGUCACAGGUCACGUGACGACGCUGGUGCAGGCCAGUCAGAUGGUUGCCGGGCAGCGUCUCUCCUUCAUCAACGACCUGGAUGUGACGCAGGAUGGCAGGAAGGUGUACUUCACCGACUCCUCCAGCAGGUGGCAGCGCAGGGACUACCUGCAGCUCAUCAUGGAGGCCACUGCAGACGGCCGAGUUCUGGAGUACGACACGGUGACCAGGCAAGUGUCGGUGAUGAUGGAGGGUCUGCGUUUCCCCAACGGCAUCCAGCUGCUUCCUGACGAGGAGUCUGUGCUUGUCACCGAGACAACCAUGGCCAGGAUCCGCAGAGUGCACGUGUCCGGCCUGAACAAGGGAGGAAUGGAUACGUUCAUCGACAACCUGCCCGGUUUCCCCGACAACGUGCGGCGCAGCUCGUCCGGGGGCUACUGGGUGGCCAUGUCGGCCGUGCGGCCCAAUCCCGGCUUCUCCAUGCUCGACUUCCUGUCCCAGAGGCCCUGGAUCAAGAAGCUCAUCUUCAAGCUGUUCAGCCAUGACGUGCUGCUGAAGUUCGUGCCGCGUUACAGCCUGGUGCUGGAGCUCCACGAGAGUGGUGUGUGUGUGCGCAGCCUCCACGACCCGCACGGCGAGGUGGCGGCCUACGUCAGCGAGGCUCACGAGCACGACGGCCACCUCUACCUGGGCUCCUUCCGCUCCCCGUACCUGUGCAGACUCGACCUCCGCCAGGUGUGAGGAGGAGGGGCUACGGAGCCCAGCUGAACCGGACCCCACUGGCCACAACUGGAACACACACCUGUGGGAGUCUGACAGACUAGACCUGUGUGUGUGUGUGUGCACACUUGUCUGUCUGUCUGUGUGUGUCUGUGUGUGUCUGUGUGUGUGCGUGUG